CUAUUCAGGAGAAAGUUGAUAGAUACGUGAAGUUGCAUUGUCUAUUGACCAUCGAAAUCGUACAUCUUCGCUUCAAACGAAAGUUUUAACACCGUAGGACGUAUUACAUGUACCUCCAUCCACUCUUGACUGAGGCUAACGUGACGCUACAGGUGUCAGGAGUAAUGUAAAGUAGCAACAGGUUUAACUUAAAUUAAGGCUGUCCGAUCUUCUUUGGUCUCGAUAGUAUGACAUGAAAAUGAUAUGAUUACAAAUUUAUACACUGGUAAAAUCCUCAUGGUGAUACCUGCAGGAAGGUGGCAUUAUGGCAAAGAGAAAGAACAGCAGUAUCAUGGAAGGUACCUUUUCCUCAGCUGAUGAAGGUUCCUCUGGAACAGAGUCUUCAGAUUACUUUAAACUUAUAAAACAUGAUAAAAUAUUUCCAACAAAAGCAUCAGACUGGAAAAUGAGUCAUCUCUUAGAUCUGGGUAUUUAUUAUGAUGAAACUGCCACAGAGCUUCAGACAUUUAUGUCCAUGUUGAAAGAGGGCAUUCCCAAACCCAAAUUAAUGUGUAGUGACAUAGAAAUUCCAGGAAUAAAGAAAAAGUUGAUACAAUUAACAAAAGAUUGGUGGAAAUUUUCAUUUGAUUUUGAGAGUGCAGAGAAAUCAUUGACAGGGAGUGGAGUUAGAGAAUCUCUACAGCAGACCAUGGAAGCUAUCGAAGUAUUUGAAGAAGAAAACCACAGUAUUGUUGAAAGUUUGAAAAAGAUGGAGCAAGAAGAUUGGAAAAGUUUACAAGUAUAUUCAGUAUGGAGGAUGAAUGUUUUAGAAUUCUUGAGAUAUUUUUCCAUGCUUCUAACAAGAUGGGGCAAACCAUAUCAGGGAAAGGAAAGAUUUACCAACCUCUUAAUGGCUUUCUCAAAAAUCUGCUUUCUUUAUCCUGAGCCAGGAAAGACUCUCUGUGAGAUAAUACAAAUCAAGGACACCAUGGUCCAGGGCUCACCAGAUAUUCGGUUUUUGACUUUUCCUACAUCUACCUCAAAGAAAAAUUCGGAACUUCUUGUAGUUACCAAGGUACAGCAGUAUGAUGCAUUCAUAGGAGACUAUGCUAAAGGAGAGACAUUCACAUUUGAACAUCUGUCAAAGAUAGUGUUAGGUCAACAUGGAAUUGAACUGUUGAUAGAAAGAGAAUCUUCAUUUUUCUUCCCAGCAGGAGUGGUGGGUCUUCUGUGUAUAGGGACAAAAGUUAUUUUCACAUUCCUUCAGAUAAGUCAAGGGCAUUACCAGAUGAUCAGGGAAAGAGGAAAGGUUGACAAGACAAACAGGGCGACUAUAUCUUACACGAAACCUUAUGAUUACAUGUCUGCCACUGACCGAGCAGAAAUCUUAGAAGCUCUCUAUUGUCUUGGCUUUAUACAGUCUAAUCCUGAGCAGUUUAGCUAGAAAUAGGAGGAUUUUUGAAUAUUAUGUUUACAAUAUUGAGGUCAUUAUGUGCGAUAUGAUAUUUUCUGUAACUAUUCAUAAUUUCAUGCAAUCAGACAGUAUUACUAAAAUGGAGAGAAUGGUGUGUGUCUGUGUUUCUUUCACAUAUUCAAUCAUCAGGUCAUAUUGCAUGCACAUGCCAAGUGUAUAUAGUGUGUACACAACUUACUGGAAUUUGACUAAAUAAAACAAAACUGAG